CCUCCAGCCUUCGCUCCAGCCUUUUUUUUUCCUGGUUUGCCUUCUUGGGUGAUUUUUUUCCAAGAGUUUUUGUAAGAGAGUGAGUGUGUGUGUGUGUGUGUGUGUGUGCUUCUCUUCGCUGUUCGUAAUACUUGCGUGCACGUUGUCCCCGCUGUCCAUUCGCUGUUCUUCGCCGGAAAAAAAAAAUAAAAUCGCAUCCUUUCUCUCUUUUUCUUCUUUCUUUUCGAUCAUCCCUGCCUGGCUUUGAUCAUCAUAUGGACGAUGGAUCGCUGCAGCAGCAAGAGACCAACAUAGUGCUCGCAAGCUCCUCGCUUUUCCCCCUCCCCACUUAUUAAAACUCCUCACUCUCCACAGCGCUAGGGAUUUUUUUCCUCUUUUCCUGGAUCCAAGGCUCACAGGUGGAUACAUGGAGCGCACGGAGAAAUCUCCUUCUUUGCUAUAGAUUUGAGCGCCGCUUGAGCGCAAGCGCUGGCGCAGGAACCAUCUCUCUCCGGUGGGUUUGAUCUUCAGUAGCUCUAGAAAAUCGUUCCAAGGAUUUUGGAGCUCCAAGAUUUCCGGAGAAAAGAAGGAAGAAUGGCCGAGCCACAGCAAGGGGGAGGGGGAGGAGGAGGAGGAUCUUCUCAUUCCCAGCACGUCCAUCACGGAGGUUUAGGGGGAUCUCAGUUUGGCGACACCACUCUCACCAAGAUCUUCGUCGGGGGCCUGGCUUGGGAGACGCAGCGCGACACGAUGCGGCAAUACUUUGAGCAGUUUGGCGAGAUUCUAGAGGCUGUGGUGAUCACGGACAAGAACACUGGGCGCUCCAAAGGCUAUGGCUUUGUAACUUUCAAGGAUCCCGAGUCGGCACGACGAGCUUGCGAGAAUCCAACGCCGGUUAUCGAUGGCCGGCGAGCAAACUGCAACCUUGCAGCACUUGGAGUGAGGCCGAGGUUCCCACCAUUUCAUCAAGGUGCUUCGAGAGUUCGUCACUUCUCCCCAGUUCUCGGGAGCUCUCAAGUCGGGGCAGCAAGCUAUUCUCCCGGCGGGGCCUCGUCAUCGUUUCCACAGAUGCCCGCCGCUCCAUUCUCGUAUCCUCAAGCCGGGUUCUCAUACGCCGCCACUCCAUACGGAUACGCUUACGUCCCCUCGGAGUACUCUUACCAGAGCCUGUAUCCUUACGGGAAUCCACAACUUUCAGCUGUCUAUGGUGGAAGUAGUAGUGGCAGCAGCACCAUAAGCAAUCCAGCAGCAGUGUAUACAUACUCUGGCUUCAACCAGAUUGGAUCCACCUAUCCCUCUGGUGGUGGUCAGCCUUAUUCUCCUGCUGGAGGCAUGCAACACCACCAUGGCCACCCUCAAGUUGUGCAGUAUUCACCCCUAGCGCCAACUUCACCUCUGCCAUCGCCGUCGUCCUCGUCGUCGCCGCCCGCAUCGGCUAUGUACAACGCUACUGCUGCUGCUGGUGCGUCUGCAAUCUCUCCACCACCUUCAGCUGGUGGUGCUUCCACUACACAACCAGGUGUUUGUGUUCUCAUUCAGGGUUGACAACACACCCCACAACAUCUUCAUCUUCAAGGUCCUUGCAACAACAACAGCAGCAACAACAUCAACAUCAACAAUACCCGCCAACUUCAUCGUCACAGGGCACUUCAGCUGCAGCUGCAGGAGGCUCAUCUUCGUCCUCACACAAUUGAUUCUUCACUUCCAUCCCGCAAAAGCCCCAAAAAGCGCAUCCACAUCCCACAUCAAACCAGGAAAGAAAACAAGAAAAAACAGGCAGAAAGAAUAGAGGGUAGAACUCAACUCGGCACAGACAACAUUGAAGAGAAUAAGUAACACAAGAGAGGACCCAGGCAUUCUACAUAAUUUUACAUUAUAAUGUAGAACUCUAACCAUUCAUUUAGGAAGAAAAAAAAAAGCUGAAAAAAACAGAAGAGGAAAACAAAGAGUUGACUGGUCAAAGGUGGUCCAGCACUGGAGCACUGACUUUUGAACAUGCUAGCCAGCUCAUUUGGGUUCUGGAAGCAA